UCUGCUGUUCACGUGCAGAUGGAAACUUCAUAUGUUAAGGUCUGUUGUGCCAAAUUCCACAUGAAUGCACCAGGCUUGAGCGCAAUCAGCGAGUGAGAUCCCAGUAAAAACUCUGCCGGAAGAUAGUACAGUUUUAGUUAGAGGUGUAGGUACACGCAGUCGCGGUCUCAUUCAUACCCUGGUACGGUUCACACGUAAGACUUCGGGACACAUCUUAAGUGGUGAAAAUGUUUCUUCAUUGUUUCAAUGGAUCUUAGCACUUGCUGUAAAGAUUAACAAAUGUUUUAUUGAAAGGUUGUAAAGAGGAAACUAUUGUCAUUAUGAGUGGAAAACGAGUUUCCCACCGGAACGGAAAUAGUCCUGACUACAACAUUGUCCUUCUAGGAGAACUUGGAGUGGGAAAAUCAGCUUUAACAGUGAAGUACAUAACCAGACGAUUCAUCAUGGAGUAUGAUCCUAACAUAGAGGACACAUACACCAAGCAUGAGGACAUAGACGGAACGGAAAUGUGCAUUCAUGUCAUGGAUACUUACGACAAGGAGGACAGCGACCCCUUGCGGUAUCUUCGAUGGGCAGACGGCUUCAUGGUGGUGUACGGGAUCACGAGUCGACAAAGUUUUGAUAAAGCGCGGGAAUAUUUAGAAAGUGUCACACAAUACCUCAAGGCUAACUCGAGAGAUUCGCCUGUAGCUCUGGUUGGAAACAAAAUCGAUCUCGAACGGUAUCGGCAAAUAAGUAAAGUGGAAGGAAACUCGCUAGCACAAGAGUUUGAGAGUCUGUUUUUCGAGACGACGGCAGCUGAGGAGUUCGAAUACGUAGAGGAUGUUUUCCAUGGGAUCAUACAUGAGAUACAACGUGAAAAAGGAGAUCGCCACAUGAACUUUCAACCUUUGUUCAUUUCUGAAGAAAAAUUCCAUGCCGCCCAGAGGCGACCGAAAUCACCUCGAGCUGGGCCUGACAAAAAGGAUGAAAAGGGACCUACCAAGAAAAACAGUUCUAGCUUCAAACUUUUCAACAAAAGCUUUAAGAUAUUUAAUUAAGGUUUAGCUUGGUGGAUUAUACGAAACAUUCAGAGACACUGCUCUGUGUGGUGUCAGAAACCUGUGAUACGAUCAUUAAAUUAUUGUGUGUAUUAAUAUCA